AUGUUUAUUUUUGAAAAAUCACAAUUUUUACUAUUUUGGUGUCCAAGCAUGGUAAUUCCGAAAGUUAGUAACUUCUUUUUGGCUGAUGGUAAAUCUGAAGAUCAAGGCGAUGGUACAGCUGAAGAUGGAGAUGAUGGAAGAAGAAAUGGUGCUGCUAGAGGUGAUGGUAAUCUAACUCCAACAAGCAGGGCACCUACAAAACAGUAUAGAAACAAUAUGCAUAGUGGCAAAGAAAAAAUAGAAUGUAUAUCAAUAAUUGGUAUUGUUGAUGGAUUAGGAAAGUUUCAAUAUCUUUCUCAUUCUUUCCAAGGAUCUAUACCUGAUCAGGUAUCAUUAAAUUUUCUUAGUUUAAAAGUUGUUGGGUUGCUUACAGAUGAAGAAUUUUUGGUUGCUGAUGCAGUAUUUCCUAAAAUUAGGCAAUACUGUGAAAAUGUUAUAUUUCCAAUAUAUCCAAAAUCCAAGUGUGAAUUAAACCAAAGUAUUUCAAGAUAUCGUUCCUUAAUAGAAAGAGCUUGGUGUCAAUUAGAAAAUUGGAAAAUACUUGAAAAGAAUAGAUUAAUGUGGACCGAGGACCAAUCGGUUACUCUUUAA